UUUUUUUUUUUUUUGUUAUCGCACAUAAUAUUAUCAUCAUGUCUACUUUCACUUUGGAUACUCUUAAUAACAACUAUGUUGCUCACAAAUAUGAAGACUUUGUCUAUGCUUAUGGUACUGCUGGCUUCCGGUCAAAAGCUGAAGUUCUUGACUCUGUUAUGUAUAUUGUUGGUAUCUUGGCCACUUUACGUUCUAAAAAGUUGAAUGGUGCUACCAUUGGUGUGAUGAUAACUGCCUCUCACAAUCCUGAAGAGGAUAAUGGUGUUAAACUUGUGGAUCCUCGUGGUGAAAUGUUGGAACAAUCCUGGGAAGGUUAUGCUACCAAGAUGGCCAACGCCAAGGAUGGGGAUAGUUUGGUACAUGCUGUCAACGAAAUCAUUGCUACUCAAAAGAUCAACGUUGAAAUUCCUGCAUCUGUGAUCUAUGCUUAUGAUACUAGACCUAGCUGUCCUGAACUUGUCAAAUAUCUUGAAAGUGGUCUUGAAGCUGCUGGUGCUCAAGCUAAGAGUUAUGGGGUAUUAACCACUCCUAUGCUCCAUUAUCUUGUUCGUUGUUUGAACACUGCUGGUACUGGUGAUGCUUAUGGUGAACCUUCAGCUGAAGGUUAUUACAAGAAAUUAUCCAAUGCGUACAAGACUGCUGUGAAAGGAUAUGCUCGCUUAUCUCCUCUGUCUGUGGAUUGUGCCAAUGGUGUUGGUGCUCUCAAAUUACGUGAACUUGUUCAACAUAUCCCUGAAGAUAUCCUUUCCAUCAACAUCAUUAAUGAUCAAACCACUACUAAGGGUGCUUUAAACAAGAAUUGUGGUGCUGAUUUUGUCAAGACCAAUCAACGUGCUCCUCCUAAUGCAUCUAUUGCUCCUGGAGAUCGAUUCUGUUCUUAUGAUGGUGAUGCUGACCGUAUUGUUUAUUACUAUGUGGACAAAGAUAAUGUAUUCCGAUUAUUGGAUGGUGAUAAGAUUGCUGGUCUUGCCGCAAUGUUCAUUAUGGAACUUGUGAAUGAUGCUGGUAUCGACUCUAUCAAGGUAGGCGUUGUUCAAACUGCUUAUGCCAAUGGAAGCUCUACUCAUUACUUGGAAAAGGUCUUGAAUGUACCUGUAUCUUGUGUUGCCACCGGUGUUAAACAUUUGCAUCAUGAAGCUGAAAAGUAUGAUAUUGGUGUAUACUUUGAAGCCAAUGGUCAUGGUACUGUGCUCUUUAGUCCUGCUGCUUUGAACACAAUCAACACCACCGAAGCAAAAACCCCUGCUCAAAACCGUGCAUUGCAACAACUUUCAGCCUUGACAGAAUUGAUCAAUCAAACUGUAGGUGAUGCUAUCUCAGAUAUGCUAUUGGUGGAAACCAUCUUGACCAAUCGUCAAUGGAGUCUAGAUGCAUGGGAUCAAGCAUAUACUGAUCUUCCCAACCGAUUGGUUAAAGUGGUGGUGGCCGAUCGUACUGUAUUCAAGACAACCAAUGCUGAACGUCAAGUGGUAGAACCUGUGGGUCUUCAAGCUCAAAUUGAUGCCAUCGUCGCUAAAUACAACAAUGGUCGCUCGUUUGUUCGUGCUUCUGGUACCGAAGAUGCCGUACGUGUUUAUGCUGAAGCUGCUUCUCGUGCUGAAACCGAUGAAUUGGCUUACAAGGUCGCCCAAGCUGUUUACGAUUCUGGCAGUGGUGUUGGUUCUCGUCCUUUGAAACCAUAAAUGAUUCUUCAUGAUAUUUUUUUUUUAGUGUUAUCAUCAUCAUCAUUAUUUUUUUUUGUUGUUACAUCUCUAUGCCAUUUUUAUUCCAGUUGUUUUUAUUUUUAUUAUUGUAUCUCCCUCUUUUUUUUUUUUGACCACCAAUAAAGUUUUAUUUUUCUGAUAUUGUCUUAUUUUGAACAUGCUUCUGUCAAACCUCGUUUGAAUCUUUUUUAUGCAUCAUCAUGUUGGCUGAUCUUUUGAGAAAAGUGAUCAGGACAUGUCCAUAUUUG